ACAUGUGUCUGCACCUUGCACCCCAGUUCCUACCAACCUUCGGCCUCCAGUCCUGGGCUGCCCCGCCUGCCUUGGAAGCCCUGGCGGGGCAAUGGCCACACCCAGGAAGAAGCCAGUCAGCUUUUCCUGGAUGACUCCAAAAUGAAGAACUUCAUCACCUGUUUCAAAGACCUGCAGUUCCUGGUCACCUUCUUCUCCCGUCUGAGACCCAACCGCAGCGGGCGCUACGAGGCUUCCUUCCCCUUCCUCUCUCCCUGCGGCAGGGAGCGCAACUUCCUGCGCUGCGAGGACCGGCCCGUGGUCUUUACGCAUCUGCUGGCUGCAGGCUCCGGGUCCCCGCGCCUCUCCUACUGCGGCGGCGGCGAGGCGCUGGCUGUGCCCUUCGAGCCCGAGCGCCUGCUGCCCCUGGCCACCAACGGGCGCCUGUACCACCCCGCGCCGGAACGCGCAGGGGGCGUAGGUCUGGUGCGCUCGGCCCUGGCCUUCGAGCUCAGCGCCUGCUUCGAGUACCCGCCCGGUGCGUCCGCGGUGCCCUCCCACGUGCACUGGCAGGGCCAACGCCUCCCCCUCACCAUGGAUCUGGCCCCGCUGCUGCUCGCCGCCCCCCAGCUCUGAGCGUCAGGCGGGAGGCCGCGGGCCCUGAGCGCCCCUCUCGCCCGCGUCGCUGCGCACGCGCCACCCGGAGAGCGCGCAGGCCGCGUGCGCGUGCGCGUCCGGGAGCAUCUAGGCCCCGCCCCGCCCGGCGCUGUCCGAGGUGCUGCCGCGGCCGGUCCCCGACCGAAUGCGGGAAGGGGCCCAGGCCUUUCUGCUCUCUCCCGAUCUGGGGCAUCCUCUGCUUCCGCUCGCGACGGCAGGCCCGGGCGACCGGGCGAGAGGCACAGGGGCUCCAGUGCGCUUGCGCGCCCGGCCCCCGCCCCUCCCCCGCCCGGGCUGCUCUGUGGGCCGGGGCGCCGUGGGCUCGGCGGGGGAGCCGCGCCGCAGGAGCGUCAGGUGAGGGGGCGCCCGAACCAAGGUCAGUGGGCAUGGGGCGGGAUCGGGGCCGUCCACUACACGCACUGAGGACGUGCGACCUGGCGGGACCACGCCCUGCCCUGAAUCGCCCAGAACAGACCCGUGCUCUGGGGAUGCAGGCGAAGCCUUGGGGUACCUAGGUGCCUGGCUCGGUUUUCAUUCUGCGCCCGAUGGGGUCGCAGGGCUUCACCCCACCCCCCACCCCGCGCAGAUGGGCGCCCUGGAGGCAGUGUCAGCCAUCUCCAAGCCUAUGCGUGACGCCCGGGCCCCUACCCAGCCGGAUUAGGGUUUGUCCGCCGAGUAAAAGGAUUUGUGUGCGGGCCUCCCAGGCUCUUCCCGCCUGGGCCCUCAUCCUUGCCCAGCUGGCCCUGUGACAUGGAUCCGCAUCUAGGGGUGCCCGUAUGAGCAGCAGCGCCCUGAAUCCCGAGGAGGAAGCUAAGAACCUUCUCUACUGGAGAGGCCUUGCUCCUGGAAGAUGGGUGUGGGCAAGCCCUUUUGCUCGAGGAGAUGAGUGCCAGGGGCCAAGAGAAAUCCCCUGGCUUCUUGGGGCUCGCAAACAUCCUGAGACACCAAGGAGCUGCCUCUGCCUGGGCCAAAGCUACUCCAUUAAAACUUUUGCUGUGCCUACUUCA